AUCUGGUUCGAGUGGUACGCUAAGACCUCCAAGCUCUGGGAAGUGUGCGAAUCACGACAAAAGAAGUCCAUAUACAAGCAAAUCACGAACUACAUGAAGCUGUUUCUUCCAACUGGGUUCGCGUUGGACCCAACCUCUGAGACCUACUCGGACGCCGUGAUGCGUAUCGGCCAAGAAGCGCAGACGAACUUGUAUCAGUGCUUUGAAGAUCAUGGAGUGACUCGGAAGCAGGGUUCGUCCGUUUUGAAGGUCCUCCGUGAGCUUCAUCGUGCUGGCAAACUGGACUCGAAGAUCAAAGCGUAC